AUGACCUGUACGCAAAUCGAGCAUUCUGUCGAUAAGCCGCUGAACCGGGAGCCGCCCGUCAAGCAACUGGUCGCGAGCUUCCUCACACCAUCUGAUAUCUCCUACGAUCGGAACCAUGGCCCCAUCCCCCAUCUCUCAGCAGACGCCCAUAAAGUGCACAUCGACGGCUUAGUUUCGCAUCCUCUCAGCCUAUCCGUCCAGCAACUCGCAAGCGAAUUUCCCCAGCAUGAAGUCAUCUGUGCGCUGGAAUGCGCUGGCAACCGGCGGCACACGAUGCGCACGAUGCUGAAGGAAGUACAGGGGAUCGACUGGGGGGAUGCAGCGGUCAUGAAUUGUAAAUGGAAGGGGCCGAGAUUGCGGGAUGUGUUGCUGCGCGCGGGGGUUAGGGAGGACGGGAAAGGUCUGCAUGUGGAGUUUUCGUGCUAUCAGGUGAAGUGUCAGGAGGAUGAGUGGUUUGGCGCGAGUGUGCCGCUCGAGAGGUGUUUGAGGGAGGAUGGGGAUGCGAUUCUUGCGUUGCAGAUGAAUGACGCUCCGCUUCCCGUGAACCACGGGUAUCCCGUGCGAGUUAUCCUGCCUGGCAUUGUCGGCGCGAGGUGGGUCAAGUGGCUGGACCGCAUCACGGUCUCGGACCACGAGUCGCCGAAUUUCUACCAGCAGCAUGAUUACAAGGCCCUGCCGCCAGCGGCGGUCGAUCAAGAGUCAGCGCAACCGUUUUGGGCGCAGACCCCCGCCAUGUCGGAUAUGCCUAUCAACUCUGUUGUGGCGGUUCCGGAAGAUAAUGAGACGGUUCCAUUGUCGAGUUCUGGGGUUAUGGAGGUGAAGGGGUAUGCUGUUCCGCAUGGUGCGGAUGGACCAGUUACUCGUGUGCAAGUUUCAGUGGAUGGGGGGACGACGUGGGUAGAUGCCAAGAUUGAGGAAUCUGGGGAGGGGAAUAAGCGGUGGUGCUGGGUGUUGUGGACUGCAGCUGUGUGUCCUGAAGUAGGAACAGGCAGGGAGGUUUUGAGCCGAGCUUUUGAUGCUGGUGGGAAUGUACAAGUAGAACACUCGCAGUGGAACCUGAGGGGUGUCGGGUAUAAUGGGUACGGGCGAGCGCGGAAUCUGACAAUCAUUUAG